AAGCUGCCUUUGCUCAGAGCAGCCACCUCAGGGUUUCUGCAUUUUGUUUUCGACAGCCUCUCUAUAAUUUCAGUGGUAAAAAUAGUUAGGUCGCCAGAAAGCACAAUAGUUUCCAAAUAAACACACUAGUGCUUUGCAUGGGAGCAGCACAAUGGACUCGAUAAUUACUACAACAAUAUUAUUGUCAGUGUUACAAGCUGCACUUUGUUUUAAUAUCGAUCCUGUGGCUUGGAAUGUCCUGUCUGAACCUGCUGCAGGUUUUGGAUACCAGGUGGUGCAGAGACCAUCAGACUUGCUGGUCAGCGCUCCUCUUUCACAGUUUUCAGAAAAAGGACGGGGGCAAAUCUAUACGUGCUCCACCACAUCCUGCAGUAAACUAUCAGUUCCAUUGCCAGACUUUGCAGUCAACGCGUCUCUCGGUUUGACAAUGACAAGUGAUCCCUCCACACAAAACACUUUGGCAUGUGGUCCAACCAUCCCAAAGGACUGCAAAAGUAUCACCAUGUACAGCGGGGUAUGCUUGCAGAUAGACAGAUCUAACCGCAUAUCAAACCCUAUGCCUUUUUCUAAUAAAGAGUGCCGAUCAGCUGACAUAGCAUUUCUGUUGGAUGGUUCUGGCAGCGUAGCCAGCGAGGAUUUUCAAGCAAUGAAGACUUUUGUGAAAAAGAUGGUCGGCUCACUCCUGCCUCUAGACGCAAAGUUUGCUGUUGUCCAGUUCUCCUCCCGUACCCAAGUCCAUUUUCACUUCAAUGAUUUUUUCUCUGCAUCAUGGGAAGCUAAAGUUGAUGGCAUUUCGCAACUAACUGGAGGAACUAAGACAGCUGCAGCCAUCAAAUUUGUAGUCGAAAAUAUUUUCAUACCAGCACAAGGUUCCAGGUCAAAUGUGAAGAAGGUCUUGAUAGUCAUUACCGAUGGAGAAUCUACCGACCCGGUUCAAUUGCCAUCUGCUGUAGACCUAGCUGAGAAGCAAAACAUUGUUCGAUUUGCUAUUGGAGUGGGGCUCGCAUUCAUUAAAGAGAAAGCAAAAAACGAACUGAACACCAUUGCAUCGAUUCCCAAAGAAAGCCAAGUGUUUCAAGUGGAGAACUUCAACGCACUUGAAAAAAUAAGGGCGAGCUUGCAGGCCAAGCUCUUUGCUAUUGAAGGAUCGCAAACAAGUGGAGAGUCACUGAAAAUGGAAAUGGCUCAAGAGGGAUUCAGUGCAGUAUAUACGCCUGAGGGAAUUCAGAUGGGCAUUGUCGGUGCUAAUGAGUGGAGGGGAGGCUACCUGCCAUUUACAAGUAGAGGCCAAAGCCUGCCACCCUUUGAGCUCACUAUAGAUGCUGACAGUUAUCUGGGUUACUCCAUGGCAGUCGCUUAUACGCCUCAAGGCCCAUUGACAAUUAUUGGUGCUCCAAGAUAUCAACACCGAGGAGCUGUGAUGGUAGUUUUUCGAAACGUGAAUCAGAAAAAGAUUGAUCCCUUUCCAUGGCAGUUUCAGAGCGGUGAAUAUUUUGGGGCUGUUGUUUGUGCGAUGGAUGUGGAUCGUGACAGCUACACUGACCUGAUCCUCAUAUCUGCCCCAAUGUUUAUCGACACUGACAGAGAGGGAAGAGUUUACGUUUGCAGCUUAAGUCGUUUGAAUGUUGUGUGUCAAUUAGAAUAUUCUCCAUCAGUACUAAGAGGGGAUGCGUCUGACAAAGGAAGGUUUGGGUCUUCUCUUGCUGUGCUGCCUGAUCUGAAUACAGACGGUCUCAGUGACCUGGCGGUUGGAGCGCCUUUGGAGAAUGACGGCCAAGGCAGCAUCUACAUAUUUCACGGCGAAGGAGGAGGAAGAAUCAAUCUUGCUUACUCUCAGAGAAUUGCUGGCUCGGAAGUCCGGUCAGGACUAAAGUUCUUCGGCAUGUCGAUCAGUCAGUCGUCUUUUGACCAUAGUAGGGACAAUCUGCCCGACUUAGCGGUUGGUUCAAAGGGCGCAGUUGUCCUACUCAGAUCAAAGCCUAUAGUAAUGGUAGAAGCUACGGUGUCAUUCAGCCCAAACCAAAUUUCUACUCAAAACUCAGACUGUUCAAAACCUUUGGAGACCACAGCUGAUAUCUGCUUUACCAUGACCAGACACUCCAACGUGGACCAAGCUCAAGCAACGAUUAACUAUACAUUAACUCUGGAUGCCAACCGCAAAAUCCAAAACAGCCGAGCUUACAUUGUUGUGAAACAACGAGAGGUGACUGACACUGUCAGUCUUGACUUACAGAAGCCUAAAUGCGCCACGGUGAAAUUCUUUGUUGAGGCCUGUCCAGAAGAUGCUCUCAAUGUACUUUCCAAUGCACUCAGAUUCACCUUUGACGGCUUGCCUUCCGCCCAAAAUCUCCGUCCGAGUCUAGCCCUGCAGGCACAGACAACAAGCUUUCAUCCUUUAGGGUUCGAAAUCAACUGCGGCACGGACAACAAUUGUGUAGAUAACCUGAAAGUGGAUUUCAACUUUACCAGAUCCUCAGAGGUUAAAGUGGGCAUUGAUGAACUGUUGGAUGUCACCGUCUCAGUGGAGAACAGCGAGGAAAAUUCCUACAACAGUCAUGUCAUUCUCACAUACCCAGUCGGCCUCUCCUUUAGGAAGUUUACAAUUCUGCAGGGAAGAAUUGAGUGCAACUCCUUGGACAGUGAAGAUGGCUUAACACGAGGAAAGACAGACUGCACUGUUGACAAGCCUAUUUUAAAGAGCAACGCUAAGGCUUUCUUCAUUGUCUCCUAUGGGAUCCAAACCAAUAGUAAACUUGACAGGAAGAUUUAUGUCACUGCAAAUGCUACCAGUGGGAAUCAGGAGCAUUCUAGCUUAAGCAUACUCUACAAAAAGAGAGAAAUUGAUGUGAAGUACAGCAUUUUUGCCACAAUUGAAAGUUCCCUCAGCUACAGCAAUUUCUCUUUCGGAAAGAAUAAUUUGCAGAAACCAUUUCAACAAUCAAUUGUGGUUACAAAUGAUAUCAGAGAACUAUAUUUCACUGUGGUGAUAAAGGUGCCAGUGAAGCUCGGUGAUAAAGAUAUCUGGGUGGAUUCAAGCAGUUUACAGAUCCCAGACUGCCAAAUAGACAAAGAUGAAGAACCUAAACAAACAGAUUUUGUUGCUACGGUACAGAAAAAUAAGUUAGUGGACUGCUCUGUAGCCAGGUGCAGAGUGUUCAAGUGCAGUAGGUUCAUGGGAAGACUGGAGAAUAAAAAAUACCAAAUCUCUGCCAACAUCAGUUCUGGAUGGAUAGAGCAGAUUGGACUUCGUUCUGCCAAAUUCCUCUUGACCAGCACAGCCAGUCUGGAGUAUGACAUUACCAAGUACAUCUUCUUUUCAACAGGGUCUAAUAACAACCCACCGGUUCGCAAGAUUGAAGCAGAGGUCGAAGUGUAUACCGAACCCGACUUCACCAAAGAGAUUGUCGGAGGAUCCCUGGGAGGGUUAGCUCUACUGGCUUUACUCACCGCUGGCCUGUACAAGGCUGGAUUUUUCAAGAGUAAAUACAAGGAGAUGAUUAACAAUGAUGAAGCAAAUCCAGGGGUUGAUGGAGAUGCACCCGCCCCAGAAGAAUAAAUGUAAAAUCAGUAGACGUCCCCCAGCCCCCUGGCUGUUUCCAGAUAACCUGCAGAUGAUUGCAGCUGAGCUGUUCUACUUCAUCUGUACCAUUACUCAGAGUUUUAAACUUUUUAUAACAUUUAGCUAUUUUCCGGAAUGUGCAUGAUUUAUAUGGAAGAAGACCACUUUAGAUUAAUUUAUCUAGAAAGCGUAUGUGUCUGAAAUCACUUCCUCGCUCACUCAUUCACUAUAUCCUAUAACAGAGGUUCCUAACCAGGUGGUCGGAACCACAACAAGGGGUCACAAGAUGAUUUCCUGAUAUUACUAAAUAAAUACUGGGCCCGUAAAUUAUUAAAAUUAAAGUCUGAGCAGGGGAAAUCUCAGACAUGCACCCUGGAACAAAGGACCACAAAUAAGUAAAUAAGUAAAACCCCUUAGAUUAUAGUACAUAUUAGUAAAACCCCUUAGAUUAUAGACCCUGAAUAAGUGACUUAAUGGAAUCCAGUAAAUUGACAUUUUGGGGCACUAGAGUAUACAUUUCACAACAAAUGUUUGCCAAUUGGGGCACUUAAAUAAAAAAAGUGGAUGAUUUGCACUAUAUAGUACGGAGAGUUACUUUGGACACAGACCAUGUGGUGUAAUGUGACAUUUUUGUAACCCAAAUUUGGAACUAAACAGUCCAUUGUUGGUCUACAAUGAAACAUUCCUGCUUUUAUAUUUCUGCAAGCUUUGCAUUUAGAAUUUGUUGUAUGGUGAAAAAAAAGUAUGAUCAGCUGGAUUCUGGUUUUCAUCAUAUAUUGUACUGUAAAAGUUGUAACUGCAAUAUUGAUAUAAGUAUUCAAAAUUCAUGUAGAGACAUUUAUUUUAAACUUUAUCAAUAUUUAUUAUAUAUAUGUGAUUAAAAUUACUUUUCAUUUCUCUAACAAUUUGAGAAAAUGUA